GUCAGAACCCUUUGUUUAUUAACCUGGUUGGCUCGGUUGCUAAUGCUACAAGCUGUGAGGACAGCGUUGUGUUGUGUAAGGAUACCGCGGUGUUAGUUUCCCUAUUGAGGCUACUGUCUGACACAAAGGGCGGCUCAUUUAUUUUAUUACAUUUGUUUAGUUAAUUUAAGUAGAAAAUAUGGCGUCAAAUAGACCGGGAGAAGAUUCUACAGACGCAAAGAAAGACAAUGGAGAACAGGCAGCGGGAUCUUCACCUGCUCCCAAUCACAUGGACGUCGAUGGGAAGCCCCCCUCCCACAGCUUUAGAUACAGCCUCAACUUUCCAAGCAUCGGCCAGUGCAUCAUCAUUAACAACAAGAAUUUUGACAGAAGAACUGGCAUGAAUCAGCGAAAUGGCACCGACAUCGAUGCAGCCUCUGCAUUGAAAGUCUUUUCAAAGUUGGGCUACAAAGUGAACAUUUACAAUGACCAGACAGUCAAUCAGAUUAAACGGAUUUUGAUUGACGCGUCAAAGAUGGAUCACAGCAACUGUGCCUCGUUCGUCUGCAUUCUUUUGAGUCAUGGAGACGAGGGCGUUUUCUACGGCACGGAUGGCUCAGUAGAACUCAAAUUUCUGACGUCCUUGUUCCGAGGGGAUCACUGUAGGUCGCUGGUGGGGAAGCCCAAACUGUUUUUCAUCCAGGCUUGCAGAGGCACCGACCUGGAUGAUGGCAUUGAAGCCGAUUCCAAAGACGACACCACUAAGAUCCCAGUGGAAGCAGACUUCCUGUAUGCAUUUUCCACAGCUCCAGGAUACUACUCAUGGAGAAACACCAUGACUGGAUCUUGGUUCAUCAACGCGUUGUGUGACAUGCUCAGUAAAUAUGGAAAAGAACUGGAGCUUCUGCACAUCAUGACCAGAGUUAACCACAUGGUGGCGGUAGAGUUUGAGUCCAUCUCUACUUCACCAGGUUUUCAUGCAAAGAAACAAAUCCCCUGCAUUGUGUCAAUGCUGACCAAAGAGAUGUACUUUUAUCCUUGAUACAGGGUAAAAAAAUGGGGCCUUUUUCUGAAAAAGUUUUGGGAGUUUAUAAUUUCUUUUUCCAGUUUCUUCCUGGAUAUCUUUCAGAAAUGUUAUAGAGGAAGUGGUACAACUGGACUGGCAUAAUGAAGCUUUUUAGUAUUUCAAGUGCAUUUCUGCUUGGUGUGGUCUGUAUCUUUGUUUAUCACAGCAGCAUGGGCUUUUAAACAUGCCUUUUUUAUUUUUACAAUUAACAAAAACAUAACAAUUUACAUGUCAAAAUGAUGUUUUGAGUUCUGUGGACAGCCACUUAAAUCAUAUAUGCAUGCUGGUUGUCUUGUGUAAAUGUUACACAUUUCAGGGAUAUUUUUGGAGCCAUAUUGCAUUGAAGUCUUAUGUUUGAUCUUGAUACUCUUGAAGGCUUUUUUGUGUCUCAAAAUAAUUGGUGCAUUAUAGAAUGCAUGCCAGAGCCAGUCUGUUAUAACACAUUUGUUUUCAUCCUACUUGUGUCAUUAUCUGUGGUGCCUUCACAUUUAAAAUUUGUGCAAGUAAAACACAUAAACUUGGAUAGAACUUGAUGAGUUUUGUUUAGAAUACAUAGAAACAGCAGAACUGUGUGGGAAAAUGAAUAUGUUGGAACAUCCUGUGUGCUGUUGUAUCAUUUGUGGUUUAUGAAGCACAGAAUCAUUUUUUUUUCCUGAGUCUACUGUGGUUUUCCUUGUAAUCAGUCAUUUCCUUUGAAUACUUUCAAAUUAAGAGCGUCACAGACUUCACAGCUUUGAUGAGUGAAGUCUAACUGUUGCCUGAAGUCAUUCAAGUUUCAACUCAACUUUUCUUUUCAUGUUUACUGGUAACAAGAUGAGCAUGUUUGUCAGUGAGAAAGUGAGGGACACGGCUCAAUAGGGAACUUACAGUAAUCAAGCUAACGGAAUAGUUACUUAGUUCAGUAGACAAUCCCAAUGAAGUUUCUUCUUUGCAAAAAUUGAUCGUGAACCACUGUUUUUUUAUAUACAUGUGUAACUAUUGCAUAAGUAGCAAUACAAUCUUUUUCAGGUAUUUGCUAUAGAAUAAAGACCACUUUUUGCUCAUUU